AUGGCUGACAACCAAGCAAAGGAGGGAAAUGUAAGUUACUUUCGUUUGAUACACGUGUGUUUAGGCAGAAGUUCCGGCCAUAAUCAACAAAUGGGAUGGGAAUACUGUAAAGUAUACAAUUGAUGACUCCAUCAGGAAGGUCAUCAAUCAGGAAUAUGUUUGGAAAGAGAAACAUACCUUGAUGGACAUCCGACUCUUGAUCUCUUUCAUCGCUGUUUCCUUCGCUGGUGCCGGCUUGCUUUUUGAUUACAAGUUUCCUUAUCCAGCGUCUGCUCAUGUAGGUGUAAUAUUCAAAUAGAAUUGAACACGUCGGAUUUUUCAUAACGUACUAUUUUUAGGUAUGUGCUUUCUGUUCCAUCGCCUAUUUUGUUAUGAUUUCGAUUCUUCAAAUAUACAUUAUGUAUAUCGAGAAGAACAUUUUUUAUCAAGGUGUUGAGAAGCAGAAAGCUGGUAACAGAACUUGGUGUUUUGCCAGCGAGAUGCACAGAUACGAUGACAAGUACACGCUCACCGUUACCUUCCACCAGGGAAACCUUUCUGGUUCUGCUGAAGUUACAAAGUCUAUCUCUCAAUAUUUGACCGAGAAUGGAGAAAUUUUGGUGCCUGUCUUGAAAAAAGAAGUCAAACAGUUGUACGAGAAGCUGUCUAAGAAGGAUUAA